AUGCUUCCUUUGUCUCUCCUGCUGCUCCUUGUUUUCCCCGCUGCGCUCCUGGUGGCCGCGCAGGGAGCUGGGGACCUUCAGGGUUUCAGCUUUCCCGGAGGGGGUGCAGUUUACGACUCAGCAGGUAGGUCCACGCACGACUGCGAGGCUUCGAGCUGAUAAAGGAAGGAAAUCUUCAAAUAGAGAUGCUUGGCAUUAGUAGGCUACACAUCUGUAUGUUGGCAAAGCAACUGUGUUCACAUUUGGAGAAAAUAAUAUAGGCCAUGGGUGUCGUUGAUCAGAUCUGAAAUGUAUGAUAAUGACUGAUACUGAACAAUCUCAAAGCCACCUUUCCUUCAUAAAUCUGCUUUUUUGGGAAAUGUUUUUGGGCUUUUUAGAAUUACCGUCCUAAAACUUGAGGGCCCUCAUAAAGGACUAUAAUUUUAAUAAUUUGACUAAAAUAUAAAGCUGCUGCUUUAUCUGCUUUGUGUUGACCAAGUGGUUCAAUCAGGUGAGCUCACCUGUGAAGAGGGUUAAACUCAGGUCAGAUAUGGAGGUUCUACAGGAGCACAUCCACACAGUACUCUGCUGGACUAUUGCUACUUGAUAGGCUAUUUGAUAGGCUGAGAAGUCUAUUGAGAAAUCAAGUUGUCAUGUCUUCGUCUGAUGCACAGAUACAGCCAUCUCAGUGAGAUGAGUUGAUGAAUGUGAAUCAUUUCAUUGGUAUGUCAUCUGAAGAAUACCCAGAAGUUAACUCGAGUUAAUUCUUACCAUCAAAUAUUUGUCAGCUAUUACAAGAGUCUUACUUCAAUUAUCUUAAGUUUUUAAAAAGCCUCAGAUUCAACAAAUCAUUCCAGUCCCUUUAAUCCUCGAAUUGGUAUCCUUCCCACUUCAUCCAAAAGAACCUUCUCCAAACACACGAGCAGUAAAGAGGCCUGGGUCCCAAGACUUACUUUUGGUUCUGCUGAGGCUGAUUACAGUCAAUAAAGAAAUCAAUGAGUUUAAAAAUGCCACAGUAUAGUAGACAUUUUUUCUUCCAAUCACAUCACAGAUAAGAACUAGCCAUUGACCCUGACGUCACCUUUUCCCCAAGUUUUAACUCUUACAUUGUAAAAGAGGACAUGCAAGUGUCACUGAAGCUGGCUUUAAUUGUGGCAUUACUAGCAGACCCUUGACCCCCAGUCCCCGCAGCUCCUUAGAAGUCACAGAGACAAAAAUGGGCUCUGACUCAGUAUGACAGAUGACAGGAAUAUGUGGAUCAUCUUGGCAUAAAUUAGUGACUGCUUGUAGUACCAAAGCCUAGAUGACAGAAGGCGAUCUAAAGCUUUAUUAUUACAACGGUUGUUUUUCCAUGAUUCCAUAUCAAGUGAAUUUAACGCUCUCAGUGUCAGUAACAAGGUUGACAUUUUAAUGUUGUGGUUUUUGUUUUCUUAAAUCGGUAAGAAGGGUUAGGUGUAAGCCAAGCAGCUACAGAGGUGGCUCUUUUUAGAAAUAGUUUCCAAAUUAAUGCUCUGUCCACUCAAACCAAAAGUUCCUUAGCAGAGCUUGAAAAUUAGGUUUGCUAUUUAUGAGAAUUUUCAGACUGUUAUCUGAUACGUUUGCUGGUGUUAUGCUUUAGUACACAUAAACUAUCGGAGCAGCAGCUAGAGAGUUUUAUUCAUGAAAAGUCAGAUAAAAUAGAAUAUAUUACAUGAUUUCCUAUACAAAUAAAAGGAUGGGAUAUAUGUUAUGGCUGUUACAUUCAUAUUCAAACUUGUUGUGUUGUUAGUUUGUUGUCCAUAUAAUCUUCAAGUAUCAGAUUACGAUGCUUGUAUUUUUAUUGUCAUUUAAAGAAGAUGCAGUGUAGAGUGAAUUAUAAGCUGUAUCAAAACUAAUAUAUAGAGAUGGAGUUCAUCUUUCUUUACUUCAUCAAAGUAGGGCAGUUUGAGUCUUAGUAACCAGAGUGGCAGGAUCUUAUAGAAUUUCUGUCAGUACAUACAGGGUAAAUACUAACCCCAAAAAUAUAGUUCUUGACUCACAAUACUUUUCUGUAAGGUUUGAUACACAAGAGAGAUAGAAAGAAGAGAAUAUUCAGCUGGAUACAGAGAAAAACUACCCAUUGAAUCAAGUGAAAACAUAAUCUGUUCCCUUUGCUGCUAAAGUAAAGUACUGAGAGAUUUAGAUGAUCUUUUCUCCUGCUUUUCAAAGAGCAGUGAACAUACAACCCAGCACUUGAUAUUUAGGUCAGAGAUAGUUGUGAAGUGUGAGUGAAAUAGUGAUUGGUAUGACAUUAUUGCCGUCUUGUUUCAUUUAGACCCUUGCAUUGUGGUGUAUCCCCCAUGUAUGAGUGAGGCUGACCGCUUUAGCCUGGAGGCCCUGCGGAGCAUUCAUCAGAAGAUUGACGAUGACCAGGAUGGCGAGAUAGAGGUGGAGGAGAGCGUAGAGGUAAAAAAAAAAAGCUUACAUCUGAAGAGAUAUUUUUUUGUAAUUUUUCGAUGAUGUACAUCUUGUGAAUGUUUAUUUAUUGCAAUAAAGGAGACUGAAGGAGGGAAAAGCAAUACAACAACAGGUGUACUGGCUGGCAGAGGAGUCUGGUGAUACUAAGGAUAGCAGCUGUAUAACUUCGCUUUUGGCUCUGUGACAAAAUUGGUUUGCGCUAACAGAAUAGUGUAACACUGGUGACCUUUGUAGUCAAACUCAAGAAUCCAGCUGUUCACAAUGUUUUCUGAAUGUAAGUUCCCCUUUUCCUUCAGCCUGAAAGCUAAAAACGUCUCAGAGGAAAUCCACUGUUAAUGCAUUCUGCAUAUAAAACGUUAGUAUUAAAUACUUAUGUAUCUAACUAUGCUGGUUUGUAUUCAUGAAUUGCAUCAAAUGAAUGGUCAACCAAGUGCACUGAAUCGUCUCAAAAUUAGCGUAAUGUUGUUGGUGAAACAAGAAUGUAAAAAAAUAAUACAAAAGUGGAUUCAUUUAUCUGUAACUUUCUAACAGUUAUCACAAAUUAUUUCUUAGCAUGCUCCCCCUGUGUUUCAGUUUAAUCCACAAAUCAUCUUGUGAAUGACUCAAAACAUAGUUAUCAUUACAGUAAAGUAAAGUAAAAAGUUUAAAGUAUUUUCUUUCAGGAGCCUGUGUCAAUAAAUGUGUGUGACAUUGCCAUCAAAUCCAGAAUUCUUGAAUACCUUCUCCCUCUAGAAUGUAGUUCAGGGACACAGUAUCCAGGGGCUCAGAUUGCAGUUGCCAUAGAGAUAUGAAGGGACGGGCUGGGGCUCAUCAGUACAUAGCCCCAAGAUUCCUCCAGCCAUCAUAUGAAGCUUCGGUUUACAGCCAAGGACACAUUCCAAGACAGCAACAACACACUCACACACUCACACACAAACACACAUAAGCAAUCACUGAGGUUUGCAAUACACACACACACAUACUUCUGAGUGCCUUCGGGAUAAAUAAAGUCCCAUAGCACCCACUCCUUUCUCCUUAGGUUAAAUUCCAAGAACACAACACAUCCCAACAACAACCCACUUUAUUUCAAACUAGAAGGUUAUCAGUCUGAGUCCAAUGUUUGGAACUUGCUCUUAAAAACUGUAUCUUAAGUUAAAAAAAAAUACUGUUUUCGCUUCACUUCCCCACUCUCUACUGUCUCUUUAUUUUACAGUUUAUCAUUGAGGACAUGAAGCAGCAGCAGACCCACAAACAUAGCCACCUGCACAGAGAAGACCAGCACAUUACAGUCGAGGAGCUCUGGAGAGGCUGGAAGUCAUCUGAAGGUACUGCUAGACCCAAAGAGUCAGUUUCCCUCUUUGAGCCUCUUUGUUGCGCCUCUAGGAUAUCUUUUUUUUAUAGAGAGAACUGUACAACUUUCAUAGCUCAUUCAGCUGAAAUUGUAAGAAUUUCUAUUACGGUUGUCCUAUAUCUGUGCUUUAGGUAGGGCCUUCCUCUUUCUGGGUUUAAUUACAGCACUGGGUUGCACCAGCUAUGCACAGGUUCAAACAUAACUUAGAUUGAACAAAAUGUAAAACUUAGAGAGAGUUCAAAUGCUUAGGUGUAGGUGUAGAGUAAAAAAAAUGGUUGUCGGGGUGCAUAAUUUUGAAAGAAAGAAAAACUUUCUUCAGGAGCAGAGGGCCUUACCAGCUGCAACGUUUUCUCCAUGAUAAUGUACAUCAAUUUAAAAUAUGUGCUUUGUUUCCCAUGGAGAUAACUACUGUACAUCUGCACAAUAAUAUUAAUGUAUGUUGUAGUUGACAAGUUUGCCACUUGAUAUCACUGUUAUUUUACUCUAUAGAUAAGUUAUCGCCAUAUAAAAAAACUUUGUCAUAUUUCACAUGCUUUGAGUUUCUAGUAGUUAAAUAAUAGGCAUUGAUAACAGUUAACAGUAAAUAAUAAUAAUGCAUCAGAUUUCAUAUAGCGCUUUAUCAGAGACCCUCAAAGCACUUUACAUUGGAUACAUAAUUCAUUCGCUCACGCAGUCACACCUUGGUGGUGGUAAACUAUCUUAAUAGUCAAAGCUGCCCUGGGGCAGACUGACAGAAAUGUGGCUGCCAGUUUGCGCCUAUGGCCUCUGCAACCACCACCACACAACACUCACAAUCAUACACCAGUGGAGGACACACUGGGAGCAAGGUGGGUUGAGUGUCUUGCCCAAGGACACAACAACUGACUUGGAAUAGGGGGGAAUUGAACCACUAAUCUUCCGGUUAUUGGACAACCACUCUACCUCCUGAGCUACUGCAGCCCAGUUAGUGCAGACAUGAGCCUGCAUAGAGGCAAUCAGGGGCAGAACUAAAACCAACACCCUGUUGAGAAAAGAAGGUUUCACUAAUGGCCGACUGAAGUAUAACGAUAUUUGUGUUAGUUUUAACCAGUCAGGAUGAGCCUUAUGCCUACAUGGUGCAACCAAACGAUGGGAAAACUGAAGAUACAGCUCAAAACUGGUGCCCUUUCACUGUCACUGCUCUAAACUGGUGCCCUUUCGGUCUGCCACAGUUGAUGAGUAUCAGGCGGGGAGAGGAAAAGAGAAAGAGUGUGUUGUUUAACUAAAUCUAAAACCUCCCUCUUCGAUCUUCCAGUCCAUAACUGGACUCAAGAUGACGUGCUCCGCUGGCUGAAAGAGUUUGUCGAGCUGCCACAGUAUGAGAGGAACUUCAAAGAUUUCAAGGUCAAUGGAAACACGCUUCCCAGGUGAGAAUAUCCAGUAACAAUGAUGUCAUCAUGUAAGACUUGCUUACUUGUGUGCUGUAGUCCAAGUGGGUCACUGUUAAAACGAGUCAGUUGUUGUUAAUGGUUGUAUCAGCAUGCUGAGCUGCUUAUGAUAUCUGUGUGCAGGAUUGCGGCUAAUGAGCCUUCAUUCCUGAGUGGACAUCUGAGGGUUCAGGACCAGAGGGACAAGCAGAAGCUGAACAUUAAAGCUCUGGAUGUUGUUCUGUUUGGACCACCCACACGUAAGAACAAGUCUUUAUCCUCCUCUUUCUGUUUAUGUUUGUGUCAGUGUACCAACUCCCCCAACCCACCACAAUUUUCCAGUAUUGGUUAAACAACUACUGGCAUGUGCCCAGAGCUACCCUAAUGAGCAGCAUUCUAAAGCAACAUUAUCAGUUCCCUGAAAAGAAAACUCUAAGAGAAGUGAUUUUUGCAACUUUUUACGAUGAGCUUCAGGAGAGGUACCAAGAAGGCAUCCCGAUUAAAUGUCAAAAACGCUUCAACCUUGAACUGUCAAUGUGAAGAACAGAUGCCUUUGCUUCAGCCUCCCUCUCAAUGUCAACCCCUGACCUUAACUCCAGGUUACUGAGGUUAACAGAGAUUUGGCUCUUUGUAUCAGCGAAGUCAUUGUUUUGCUCAGUGCCCAAAGAUCAUUUUAAUAAUUGAUGGUAAAAGUUUAGAGAACCAGGAGCUUUACCUUUUUUGAUCAACCACUUUUUCACCACAAUGGUUUGAAGCAAUGCCUUUAUUUCAUGUGACCCCGCAUCAACAAAUCCGUCUAUGUUACGAUCCGUUUCUCCUAAAUUCAUGAUCAUUGUCUCUAUGCCUGAACUCCUAAGAUAGUCACUCACUCCACAGACAACCUUUAGAGCUGCACAAACUUUAUACUUCCCUCCCACAGCUGGGCCUUGAAAACCACAAACUGAGUUAGUGACACUCAACACUCCUGGGAUCAUGUUUGACUUUGGGCUGGAUACGGAUAUGGUGCUGGUGGAAUACCAUAUCCUCCCUGUACCACCCACCUACUUGAAAGUCGCCUUUCCCCAUGUGGAGAGAACGGGAGAUGCAUCUCCAUCAGUUGGAUCCUGAUUUCUACUUUAUUGUGUUAAUAGAUGCUCAGGAGUUGCAUUUGGCCAAAAUAAUGUUUUCAAUUGAGCCAAUGUCUUAGCAGUCCAAGUGUGCCCUGUAAACAGAUGCUGUAGUUGUUGUCACAGCAACCACAGUGGCAUUUUUGUGCAAAAUACCCCAAAAAUAUAACUUAAAAAGAAAUUAAUUUGCAACUUGUUGUAUUUUGCCCCAAUGCUGCAAACUUUAUCAUUUUCCAUGGCAACUUCCAUGAUUUAUCUCUAACUCAUUCCUCCAUAGGUCCCCCUCAUAACUACAUGAAGGACCUGUUGCUAAUUGUGUCAGUGGUGAUGGGAGUCGGAGGCUGCUGGUUUGCCCAGGCCCAGAACAAAGCCAGCAAAAUCCACAUUGCGAGGAUGAUGAAAGAUUUGGAAAGUCUGCAGAGGGCUGAACUGAGUCUUAUCGAGCUGCAAGAACAGUGAGUAUUCACAAUUUAGGGACUCUUUUAUUUUUACACAUUAUUCUGUAUUCUUUUUGUUUUAUUACAAACCCCAAGUUGGGACGUUGUGUAAAAUGUGACUUAAAACAGAAUACAAUGAUUUGCAAAUCCCUUUUGAUCUAUACUCUACAAAGACUAUGCACUACAAAGACAAGAUAUGUAAUGUUCAAACUGAUAUACGUCAUUGUUUUUUUUGUGAAUUUUCGCUCAUUUUAAAUUGGAUGCCUGCAACAUGUUCCAAAAAAGCUGGGAAAAAAGCAUGUUUACCAACGUGUUACAUCACCUGUCCUUUUAACAACACGCCAUAAGUGUUUGAGAACUGAGGUCACUAAUUGUAGGAGUUUCGUAGGUGGAACUCUUUCGUAUUCUUGCUUGAUGUACCGCCACAGUUGCUCAACAGUCAGGGUUCUCCACUGUACUCCAAUUUUUGCUUGCAGAAUUUGGUUUGGCAUUGUCUUGCUGGAAUAAGCAGAGACGUCCCCAAAAAAGACAUGGCUCGGUUGGCAGCUUAUGUUGCUCCAAAACCAUGAAGCAAUGAAGCCUUCACAGAUAAGAUAGUUAGCUAUAUCAUGGGCUCCUACAAACCACAAUACCAUCACAGAUGCUGGCUUUUGAACUUUGCGCUGAUAACAAUCUUAAUGGUCCUCUUCUUCUUUAGCCCAGAGGACACCAUGAAUUCUAAAAAAGAAUUCAAAUGAGGACUCAUCAGAUCUCACCUCAAAUAUUUCACUUUCUCAGGCUGGAGCGAGCCCAGGAGGAAAAGCGUAAUGUUGCAGAGGAGAAACAGAACCUGGAGGAGAAGAUGAGGGAUGAGAUCAUGGGGGCACAGGAGGAGGCUCAUCGCCUACACCAGCUGAGACAAGGAGCUGUCAGCGAGCUCAGCCGCCUUCGAUAUGCGGAGGAAGAGCUAGAGCAGGUAGAUAAUGUAAACAGUGUAUAAAGAAAACACAGCCUCACAAAUGCUGUGCAUGCUUGGAAAUAGAUCUAGAUGUUAAAAGGAUUUCAAGGGCAUGAUUAAAGUUUGAAGUAUAAUAACUCUUCAACAUACUGAUCUCUUACUCUGAUUAGGUCCUUGGAGCACUUAAGCAAGCAGAAAAGGAUAUGAAUGCUAGCUGGACGGCCUCAGAGGCACUUCAGCAGUGGCUGCAGCUGACCCAUGAGGUGGAGGUUCAGUACUACAAUGUCAAGAAGCAGAGUGCAGAACUACAGCUUGCUACUGCCAAAGAAGAGGUAAUUAAUGCAGGACAAGACACAUGACGAUACCAAAGCAGAAGGGUUUGAAUUUUGUAACAAAUUAUAUUCCUGUCAAUUUACCUGCACCUACUCUCUUUUGUAGGCAGAGAAGAUUAAGAAAAAGAGAAGCUCUGUGCUUGGGACCCUUCAUGUGGCCCACAGCUCAUCUCUGGACCAAGUAGACCAAAAGAUCCUGGAGGCUAAGUGAGUACCAAAAUAAUCUGCAUGGCAUUUGCGUGUCACAGAAAAGAUAGAACAUAAGUCACAAAGAUUUUUGUGUCCCCCCGAAGGAACGCCUUGUCGGAGGUAACAGCCUGUCUACGAGAGCGCCUUCAUCGAUGGCAGCAAAUUGAGCGUAUCUGUGGCUUCCCCAUCAUCAGGAAUCCCGGCCUCGCAAACCUCACAGCUCAACUCUACUCAGAUUCAGCCGCUCUUGGCUUUCCCAGAGCACAACAAUCUUGUUCAUGCCAUAGCUCUAUUCACGGAUCUAUAGAGGAUCUAUUGGAAGAUCCCACUUCUCCAAUGAUACCACAGAUGGCAGGUAUGUUUUCUGUACCGUUGAUAACAAUUGGUUCCCCUUGUCAGUGGCAUAGGAUCAACUAAAUAUUUGUAUUUAAAAAGACAUACAGGAUACUUUCUCUUGUAUCCAUUACUGGAAACAUCUUUAAUUUGCGUUGUGUUGCACUGCACAUCAAAAGUUUUUCUUUCCAUGUUUUACCAGCCUGUAUGUGAAGGCUGUGCACAUCAAAUUAUAUAUACCAUCAGUCAGUGACAAAGGGUCAAUUUGGCAAUGUUUUCAUAAAAUGGAAAAACUAAACUCAACUGUGAUCUUAUGUUUCAGACUUAACAUCAAUUGCACUCCAUUACAAGGACAAUAUAUUUUCAAUUCAGUUAAAAUCAUUCUGAUUGAAAGCUUGCUGUUAGUGUUUAUGGUAUGUAAUCUGAUCCAGUCUGGUGUUUAAAUACACUUACAAUUCAAUCAGAACAGCUAUGUGACAUGCUCAAAAGAGACAGAAGCUAAUACAGCGGAUGUCAUAGCGAUUUCUAUGGGAAUAAACACAUUUCUAAUGAAAAAGAGGCUUCAGUCCCCCCUCUUAUUUUUGGCGAUCGGAAAAGUACUCCAUUUGAGCAUUAUCUAAACAAGAGCAGAGCUCACAAUUAAAGGUAUGCACCAUAUCUGUCAGUUUAUAAUUUAAAUAUAUGUUUAACCUAAGUUGUUGAGCAGGGGUUAAAGGUACAUCAUCUCAAUUAAAAAAACUGGGUAAAUUCCUUGUCCUGUAAUGCCUGAGCUAGCUUUUUUGCUUGGAUAGAUGUGUAUUCAAACCAUUUAAGUGGUUCGCUUAGUCAGAGGAGCUGAAUGUCAGUAAGAACUGCAGGUAGUCCUUAAGCUAUCAUAAUGCUUGUUAAACUUUUUUCUGAAAUGCUUAGAGAAAAAUGCCCCAUUCCGUUUCUAGUGCUGCCAGCUGUGACCAAGGAUACUUACACAAAUGCAUUUGUUUGCUGUGUGUGGGAUCACUGCUUUUGUUAACUUGUUAAUCUUUGACUCUUCUUCUGUUCCAGCCCCGGCUCUUAAGCGCUCUCCUCGAACACAAGGAUCCAGCAUAUGUCGGUCACGUCGUCCAGGUGUCAUCACUCAGCCAGCAGCCACCAUGAUCUCUCCAGACCCUGACCUUCUUAUCCCCAUCCGAGCCCCUUAUCCCUGCCUUGAAGAGGAACAAGGACUCUUUCUCAAGACUCUCAAGAAACAGUAAGUCUACCUGCACACAGAUAACUCAUGAAGGACCACAGUGGUUUUGCUUUUUCUUUUAUCCUCCUUUCUUUCUCUUUGUUCUCUCCGACAGAGACUCUGAAGAGAAAUUUUCAGACACAGAGUAUAUUACUUCACCUCCGCUGAGCAAAAUAUUCCCCGGCCAAGCUGUUGACAGUCCUCCACAGAAGCUUUACCAUGAUGACGCUGAGCUGCCUUUGGAUACCUCCAUUAUAAAGACUCUGACCAAAGAAGCAGAAGCUGUCGUAGAAUCUCCAAUUCGUAAAAUGUACAUGGAAGAGCUUGAAGCUUCUGUUGACGUUUCUAGCAGGAAGAUGGGGAAAGACCAAGUGAUGGAUACUCCUUUGGAAGCACUCGCAUUUAUAAAGCCACAAGAUGAGUCUUCUAUGGAGGCUGCACCCAGAAAGAUAUCCAGAGAGUGGUGUGAAAUUCCUCUGAAUGUUUCAGUCAGAAAGUGCUUUUCCAGUGACUUGGAUGCAGAAUUUCCAACCAGGAAAGUAGAGAGAGAAACUGUUGGGGACUUCAAGGAUCCUGCCUCGAGAAGUGUUUACCGAGAAAGAAAUGAUUUACCUAUGGAUGUGAGAAAGAUUAUCUGGAAUGAAGUGGAGGGGAAAACAGAUUUAGGACAGAGGAAAAUAUCAAGGGAUAUGAUGGGGGCUUCGAUUGACACUGUUUCAAGAAAGAUGAUGCGAGAUGACGUUGACUUUCCAUUCGAGUCAGUAUCUAGAAGGAGUACUAAAGAUUCAAUGGGAAUGUCCAUGGACUCAGGCUCCAGAAAACUGACAAGAAGUAGAGCCGAAAGCCAGCUUGAUUCCUCUGCAAGAGCUUUGGCAGUGGACAACAUAGUUGAAGCGACUAGAGUACCAUCGAGAAAGAUAUCCAGAGAAGAGCUGGAGGAGUACAGUGCAGACAUUCCUUCUGUGAAGACGUUGAACAGGGAGAAAUUUGAAUUACUCACUGAUACCUCAUCUCCAACAGAGAAGCAAGAGUAUGGUUUGGAAUCAUCAACAAAUAGAAGGAUACUGAGAGAUGAACUUGACUUGUCUGCUGGUUCCCUCAGAAGGAGAAUACCAAGACUGAUAAGAGAAGACAGUGACAGCUCCACAGACAACCCCUCAGGAAAAGUUUUCCGGGAAAGAGUUGAUGUCUUCGUUGAGAUACCAAGACAACCCAUAAUGAGAGAGGACUUGGACGAGGCAUCUGAAUUAAGUUCAACCCCGGGCUCCGUUGGACAGCCAGACCUCAUGGUAACCUCCCAGGUGCCGUGGCAGUCAUCAUCAGACCUUUACACUGUUGGCCCAUUAAGUAAGCUUGUUUAUGAUGGAAUCCUUGAGAAAUCCUGCAGCUCCAUGUCUUCUAUCCCAGCCGGCCUUUCAGCUUCAACACCUAAUCUGCCCCAGAGUAGGCUGCUAGCAGAAGAACCACCACCACUACCUGAAACAACAAUUGCUCCUCCGGUUACUGCAACUCGAGAUGAAAAACACAAAGAAAAGGAAAAGAGCAAGAAAUCUAUGAAGCUUAAAAAUCUUUUUAAAAAGAAGAAUGAUUCAAGUCCAGGGAAGGUUCAGAGUGGUCUUCAGAAACUCUGA